GUUUCAUAAUUUUUUUUUUUUAAAUGGCGCUACCCUAUAUCAGUCGUGUGAUUCUUAGAAACACAAGUAAAAUAAAACAACCUUUUCCGGCUAGCAGACACAGUUUGUCAAUUGAUAGUCUAAUUCGUGCAAGGGUACAAUCGAUGCAAUAUCAGCAUUCUGUAACAUCUAAUUUAAGUGAGCCGUACAGCUCUGUAUUGGGAAGGUCAAUGCAUGGCAGUGAACAAAAUGGUACUAGGAAUCGUGCUAAUUGCUGGACUUAUGGAAUCUGGAGUGUAAUGGCAUUUUCGCUCUUUGGUCAAACUGAGGAGGAUACCAGAGAUGAAGCCCAGAAGAAAGAGGAUGAGAUCAUCUUACUUUUGAAAAAAGCCAAACUCAGUAUGAAGAGGGGUCAACUUCAAGUAGCCUCUGGGUUCCUUCAUCAGGCAAUAGCAUUGGCUCAUAAGUCCCACAACACACAAGCCAUUAUCUAUACGUACAGCCUGAUGGCAAACCUGGCCUAUGUCCAAGGUCAACUGGACAACGCAGAAAAACUCUUCAAAGCAGCCAUGAGUUUCAUGCUAUCCGGAGGAACACCACAGGAUGACAAUGCAGUCGUUGAGAUGUCUUUGAAGCUUGCUACCAUAUAUGCUGGCCAAAAUAAGAAGGAGUUGGCAGAGCAUGGGUUUCAGUUCUGCACUGAAUCUCUUAAAGCCAAGCUGGAGAAGAAGGAAACCUCCACAGAGGAGCAAUCAGAAGAACAAGCAGAGGAGGCAAAGAAGCAUCGCAAGGAGACACGUCUGCUGCUGGGCCUUUGCCUUGACUCCAGAGCCCGGUACAUGGCUGUCACGCAGCGCCCGAGCCAGGCCACCAGAGACUACCAGAGCGCCCUAAAGAUCUGCCAGGAGGAGCAGGGGGAGACCCAUCCGCAAUCCAUUGUGCUUCUGAGCGACCUGGCCACAAUUCUAGAUCAACAGGGGCGGUACGAUGAGGCCCUUCCUCUGGUGAAGAAGGCAGUGGAUCUGAGCAGGGCUGCCGGCCAUCCGGACCAGCACGUUUUGAUGGGAAACAUGGCUGGCAUCCUGCUCCACCAAGGUCAUUUGGAUGAGUCAGUCCAUCUCUAUAAAGAGGCUUUGACUUUGGCCCUUUCUGUGGGAGAUGAAGAGGCUGUGGAGCAGAUCCUGGCAGGGCUGAAAGAGGUAGACAAAAAGAGCAAUGAACCUAAGGAAGCCCAAGAGUGAAAUAGACAAAAGACUGAGACCUCAAAUUAAGAUCAACCUUCAAGUCAUUUUGUUGUUUUGCUGAUUUGAUUCAGUCAAAUUAAACAGAGCAAGAAAAAUUGUUGAGGCUCUCCCAUAACAAAAUGUAAUAUCUAUUCUGUAUGUCAAAUGAAAUGGAGAGGCAUUGGAAGGGAUUCCCAGUGUGUGAGAAAGUCUGUCCUGUUUACAAACAAGACAGGUUCAUCCCCUCACGUGCCAUUUUGUCAGACUCUCAUACUGUAACAUGGUGUACUUGACUGUAACAAAACUGUAAUCCCUGCAUACUAAACUGUGACCCUUUUCACAUGAAGAACCAGGAUUCUCUCCAUUGUAUUUAAAGUGGCUUUAACCAGUGUCAUACCUAAUCGUUUUAAACCACCACAGGCAUUAUUGUAACGUAACCGUUGAAAAGAAAAGUUUUCCGGACUUCAACAGUUUUGGCAUCGGCAGCAUCCAAAAUGAAAAUUAAAUUGAGCCCUUUGUAAUCUUUUUCAAUUUACAGAGCUGUGUUGUAGUUCCCAGGCAGAGCCUGUGUACCAGAAAACAAGCUUGCGUACAGUGGCAGCUCAUGCACCUUAAGAGAUCACAGUAGAACAGAGUUUUGUGGUCAUCUUAGCACAGUGCAACUCCUUCCUUUCCUUCCUUUAUUCCUUCUGUAAUCACAGUACAUCUUAUUGUUGUAAUGUUAAGUAAUUGUCUUCUCAAGAUGAGGGAAGGCAAGUUAUCUGUUUGCUGUAAUUACAAUAAAGAAUGUUUUGAAACAUUCA